CCAAACCCCUCCUCUGUCUUCGCUCUCUCUCUAAAACCCCUCCCUUCCUCUCUCUAAAGUCCCAAUCCCAUCUCAAUAUUCUCUUCACCCUUCCGUUCGCAUUCCACCGCCUGAGCACACACCCUGUAGAUACGAUUGGUGCUGUACUUAUAUACCGUUGGAUUUCGGUGGCUUCUCGUCGAGAUUUUUUAGCUUGCUUGAUCGAGUGUUAAUCUGGUGCGAUGUGAGUCUAUGACUAUUUGUCGAGUCGAGAUUAAUGCUGUUUCCUUGGAUAGAUGUUUUGGGUUGGUAUUAGUGAGCUUUUUAUUUGUAUCUGGAAGGAGGGUUUUGGAACUUUGUAUUUAGGGUUUAUGUGUGUUCGAUGAAUGAGAUGAAAGAGGGGUUGAGGUCAAGUACUCGGGUACAAAAAGUUGAGGUUGAUUUGAACCUAAAGAAUGGUGAUGAAGCCGAAAAUAAAGAUGAUUCGAGCCAAAAAAAUGAAGUUACCAUCACUCCUGAAAAUAAAGGGUCGCCUAUGACUUUGACUGAAUCGGAAUCAGGUGAACAGUUGACUCUUUCUUCCCUAGAAAAGGAGGUUGAGGAGAAGGGAAGCAAGUCUGAACCUGUGGACUGUAGCAAAGAUGCUGAUUCUGAUGUCAAUAUCAGUAAUGAUGCCAAUGCCGAUGAUGAAGCUGAAAAGGGUGGCUGUAAGUCCGCUAGAGGUUGGCAGGGAAGAAAAAGGAAACAGGUGGAGAGUCCGGAGAAGGGCAAUGAUUCCCCCUACAAAGUUGUUGAGGAAAAGGGAGCUAUGUUUUUAAGUUCAAACACUGCCGAUUCUGUUGAAGAUUUGCCUUUGUCUACCGUAGAAAGAAAAGUUGUAGAGAGAAGUGGGUCUGAACCUGUGGGAUGUGAUCAAGAUGUCAAUGCUCGUUUCGCUGUGAGUUCUGAUGCCAAUUGUGGUUCUGAUGACGAUAGGUGUAGACUUAGUAAAGGCCGGAGGGGAAGAAAAAGAAAGAAGGUGGAGAGUCCAAAAAAGGAAGAUGAGGCUCCUGUAACGGGUGAUGUGCAGAAGCCGGGCCCACCUUUGAUUUCAGACAAUUUGCGUUCUGACAAAAAAUCAGUUUUUUCUUCCUCAGAGACAAGACAUGAGGAGGAGAGAAGUGGACAUGAACUAGUACAGUGUGGAAAAGAUGCUGAUGAUGGUGUCAAUGUGGGUGCCAAUAUUGAUGGUGAUAUCAAUGCCUUUGAUCAUGAGGCCAAGUGUAAGCCUGAAAAAGGCCGACGGGGAAGGAAGAGAAAAGUGGUGGAGGAUUCUGAAUGCAACCAGGAUGAUGGGGUUGGGAGAAAGAAGGUCAAGGAGAUGUCACCGGUUAUUGGAAGGGUUUUGCGAUCUAGAACAUCAUCCAUGAGUGGUGAUGAGAUCGUUUUUGAUGGCGGAAAGGGUGUGGGAGGACAAAGAAAGAAGGAAUUUGUCCAGUCAAGCAAGAAAAAGAUUGAGAGAGGAAAGCAUCAUGGGGUUCGAUUGAUUGGCGGACCCCAGAAAAAAUUAAAUGGCAAACGAGGAAGACCCCCCAAGGAUCUAUGGAAGAAAGGAGCAUCUGUGGUGAUUGGUGACAAGAAAGAAAAGGCUAUGGGGUCCAAGAUCAUUAAGGGUUCCAAGUUUCCCAAGGUGCACAAGGGAAACAGUGCCUUAGAGGUGUUCAAUGAUGAGAAAGAAAAUUUUGUAAGUUCCAAGGAAAAGAAUGAUCAACCAAAGGAUCAAGACCAGGGCAACAGGUUAACUAAUGAUUCACUUCACGCAGGGAAGAGCACUAAUGGGAAGCAGUUGAAAAUGAAGAAGCACAUGAAAGGAGAAAUGGGGCGUAGAGAAGAACAACAGUUAGUGAGAGAACAAAUUAUCAGCAUGCUUAAGAAGGCAGGCUGGACUGUUGAAUACAGACCCAGGCAAAGCAAGGAAUAUCUGGAUGCAGUAUAUGUUGAUCUUGAUGGAAGAACUCACUGGUCGGUCACCUUGGCUUACAGGAUGCUUAAACAAAAAGUUGAUGAUGGAGUUGCUGACAGUAAGACCAUUUCUGUGUUUACGCCUAUACCAGAGGAGGUGCUCGGCAAACUUUUUAGGGUGAGACAAGAGAAAAAGGAAAAAGGUCUCAAACAGAAGCAAGGGGGUAAAGGUAGAAGUAAGACCAAGAAAGGACAGACUGGAAAGUUGUUAAAGAAUAAUCCUACUAAGAGCAUUUCUGGAUUGAAGGUGAAAGAAAGGAAAAGUAGAAAACCAUGUACUUUGCUGGUUCGUAGCUCUGAGAAGGGGUUGGAUCCGGAUAGUGAUGGUUUUAUGGCAUAUAAUGGGAAGUGCAGUCUUCUUUCCUGGAUGAUUGAGUUGGGAAUUGUUCUGCCUGGUGGGAAGGUGCAGUAUAUGAACAGCACAAGGACAAGAACAUUACUUGAGGGACAGAUAACCAGAAAUGGCAUUCAAUGUGAUUGCUGUAAUGAAAUCCUUACAAUUUCAAAUUUUGAGUCACAUGCUGGCUGUCAAUUGUGUGAGCCAUUUAAAAAUAUUUAUUUAGAGUCUGGAGUUUCUCUUCUGCAAUGCCUAGUAGACUCAUGGAGUAAACAAGAAGAUUGUGAUCGCAUUGGGUUCCAUUUUGUGGAUAUUGAUGGUGAUGACCCCAAUGAUGAUACAUGCAACAUUUGUGGAGAUGGUGGUGACUUGAUCUGUUGUGAUGGUUGCCCGUCAACAUUUCAUCAAAGUUGCUUAGACAUCCAAGUAUGGAUACAUUACCUCCUCCUCCCUCUGCAUUUAUGGUUUCGUUAG